AUCCCGCCGACUGCUCGCGCGCCGCGUCCCGGGUCCUGCCGCCGCCAUGAAGGACGUGCCGGGCUUCCUGCAGCAGAGCCAGAGCUCCUGGCCCGGCCAGGCGGCCGUGUGGCACCGUCUGGAGGAGCUCUACACGAAGAAGCUGUGGCAUCAGCUGACACUGCAGGUGCUUGAUUUUGUGCAGGAUCCGUGCUUUGCCCAGGGAGAUGGUCUCAUCAAGCUUUAUGAGAACUUCAUCAGUGAGUUUGAACACAGGGUGAACCCCCUGUCCCUGGUGGAGAUCACCCUUCAUGUUGUGAGACAGAUGACGGAUCCUAACGUGGCUCUUAGUUUUCUGGAGAAAACUCGUGAGAAGGUGAAGAGCAGCGACGAGGCGGUGAUCCUGUGCAAGACGGCCAUCGGUGCCCUCAAGCUGAACAUCGGGGACCUGCAGGUCACCAAGGAGACCAUCGAGGAGGUCGAGGAGAUGCUCGGCGCCCUCCCCGGGGUGACGUCCGUCCAUAGCCGUUUCUACGACCUCUCCAGUAAAUACUACCAGACCAUCGGGAACCACGCCUCCUACUACAAGGACGCGCUGCGCUUUCUGGGCUGCGUGGACAUCAAGGACCUGCCAGUGUCGGAGCAGCAGGAGCGCGCAUUCACGCUGGGACUGGCGGGGCUCCUCGGCGAGGGUGUGUUUAACUUCGGAGAGCUCCUCAUGCACCCGGUGCUGGAGUCGCUGCGGGGCACCGACCGGCAGUGGCUGAUCGACACCCUGUACGCCUUCAACAGCGGCAACGUGGAGAGGUUCCAGACACUCAAGAGCGCCUGGGGGCAGCAGCCUGACCUGGCAGCCAACGAAGCCCAACUGCUGAGGAAGAUCCAGCUCUUGUGCCUCAUGGAGAUGACUUUCACGCGGCCUGCCAACCACAGGCAGCUCACUUUUGAAGAAAUUGCCAGAAGUGCAAAAAUCACUGUGAACGAGGUGGAGCUGCUGGUGAUGAAGGCGCUGUCCGUGGGGCUGGUGCGGGGCAGCAUCGACGAGGUGGACAAGCGCGUGCACAUGGCCUGGGUGCAGCCCCGUGUGCUGGACCUGCAGCAGAUCAAGGGGAUGAAGGGCCGCCUGGAGCUCUGGUGCGCCGACGUGAGGAGCAUGGAGAUGCUGGUGGAGCACCAGGCCCACGAUAUCCUCACCUAGGCCACCUGCCCAGCCUCGCAGCGGAUGAUCCUGACCACCAAGAUUUGCAUUUGGGGGGCUGUCAUUGAUGGGGCCCGGCCACAGGGAGAGGCCUGCAGGAGGGAGGGGCCCCUGCAGGCAGGGUGUGUAGAUGCCUGAGCGCUGCCUCCCCAGGCUGCUCACCCUUGCACCCACCUGUGUGACGUUCCCAGCCGCCUGCAUGUCUAAUAAACGCCUUGGCUUUGUCUCUUUCCUUUGGCUUCU